AUGCCGCCCAACUUCUCCAAGGAAUUCCUCCGCCAGCGUGCUUCUUGGAUCCGCGAUGAUCUUGAUCCGCGCAUCUCCCGCGAUGGCCCGGACUGCAUGCAACCGGACGACGUGCUCACCUUGCAUGAGCUCUUCCUUGGUCUCCAGGACGCUGAUCUUUCGAUAUCCGUGCUCCGCUACUCGCGCAUACAUGUCGCCGUGCUUGAAGUGGCCGGGAAGGCGACGCGCUGGCCGAAGAGACUGGCCGAAGAAUGCGAUAAGAUCAUUGACGUGUGGACGAAGAAGUAUGGCAAAUUGAGCGACAUCCGGCCCAGGCUGUUCAAGCCGGAUGGGAGGCUCUAUGGCGUCUGUACCGGGAGCGAGCUUACCCGCGACGCUCUCGUGAAGCUCUGGUCGCAGCAAGACCCCAGCUACAUGAGUCCGGACAGAGGCAUGCAGCAUGGUUCCCUCGGCUUCAGGCCUGGAGACUGGUGGAUCAACGGCACCUUUGCCUUUCAUGCCGGUAUCAUAGACCUCAAUUGCACCGGUGGUGGUAUCUGUGCCGAUAAGCGUGGCGCCUAUGCUGUGGUCAUGGAAGGAAAUGAUGAGGUGUACACCGAGACGCCAGACAAAUUCAAGUAUCGCUGCAAGCCGAACGACCCGGGUCGGUUCCGGAUGACGGCUGCCGAUUUCAAAUCCAGGUAUCCAAUCAGAGUGCUCAGGUCUCACACCCUCAACUCGCUUUGGGCUCCGAGGAGUGGUAUGCGAUACGAAGGCUUGCACAAAACCACGGGAUGGACCAUCAAACCUAUCAGUCCUGCCGAAAAUGACGGCUUUAACCUAAUUUGGGAGAUCGAAUUGGAACGUGACCGCGGCCUCGAGGACGAAUACUCGCAAAUGUCGGCUUUGAAGCAUCCGACAGCCGAAGAAACAGACGACUAUAUGGAAUACAAGAGGGUGAGAAGAGAGAUGCUCCACAAAGUCCGCGAGGGAAUUCUGACGGGCAUUCCCGCCAAAAUACCCGAAACUCCACCAGCUGUACCUGUCCUCUCCGAGAAACCAGGUGAUUACUGCCUUAUGCGAGAUCCACCAGCGCAAUCACCACGUGCGAAGACUGGCCCGGCAGUCAAGCAAGAGCGCGAGAAACAACCACAAGCCCGCAGCCUCACCGUCCCCCAGAAUCUUCGCAAGUCCCGCUCAAAUGUCAGCACCGACUCACGUGCAAAGAAAUCACAAGGAGAAGCCACGUCCAAGAAGGCGUCGCAGCAUCCACCCGACAAUGGUGUCAAAACAAGUGUCAAAGACUUUGCACGACCGCAAUUUGGCGGCCGCGAUGCCAAAGGCAGCAUUGCCAAGUCCUUCACGCGCAUAUUUUCCGACGGCGCCCAAGACAGCGACAUCCCGGAGUCUCCCUUCGGCUCCGUCCUGGCCGACUACGACAACGGCGAACCCUCAUCCUUCCCCUUCGACAAACAACCAGUCGUCUCUUCCCCUCCCCCCAUCACUCCGUUGCCUCCUUCGUCAACCGCACAAUCCAGCUACAUGCCGCCGGCGCCGCCGGAAAAGAGCAGCGGAAGCAGCAGCAACCCCAUCCUGCGUCAGGUCCACUGGGGAACGCCGGCCGGGGAUCCAUAUUCAGCCAAGGAUGACCUGCGUCAGCUGUCGACGGGCAGGCUGAAGAGGGAGAAGUCGCGGCACCACCAGCGGCGCGACCGCGCCGUGUACGAGGCCUUUGACCGCCAGGCCGAGAGCGCGGACCCGCGGCUGCUGCUGGCCGCGCUCAACGAGGUGUGGGACGACUGCGCGGAGCCAGAGUACCCGGACAUGGUGCUCGAGGAGCCCAUGGCGUACGAAAGCAGUUCGGGAUACCAGGGCGGCUACGGCGGCGAAGGGGCUGCUGUUGCUGCCGGUAGAGGUGGUGGUGGGUCGCAGUCCCAGAGUGGUGGUGGUGGUGGUAGUGGUAGCGGUAGUGGCAGCAGCAGCAGCGGCGGGGCCAGGGCGCAGAGGAGCAGGAGCGACGAUUACAUGCUGCGGAUUCCGCCGGGCGGGAUAGAUGUGGCGCGGUUCAUCGCACAGCAGGCCGCGGGCGAAGAAAGCGACGACGGUGGUAGUAGUAGCAGUGUUCGUCCCGGUGGUACCGGCGCGAGGAAGAGCUGGCCCCUCGGCGACGACGCGGCGGGCACUUCGUCCCCUUCCUCCGUGCACGAGAUCCGCAGCGUGCUGAGGGAGAUGUCGGAGAGCAGCGCCACGAGCACCGAGGACGUGGCCCGCCGCGAGUCGCAGCGCCUGUCGAGCAGCAGCGCCAGCACGAGCAGCAGCAGCGGCGGCAGCAGCAUCAGCGGGCCCAGCAGGAGGCGGAGGAGCAGCAGCCUGGGCGCCUUCGAUUCGCGCAUGCCUACUUGGACUCCGGAUGAAGGCGGCGGCUCGGCCGUGAGUCGGAGGGCGAGGAGGCCGACGAUCGUGCGGUUUUCGGGCAUGUUCAAGCGCCAGAGCUUGGAGGAGACGGUGGAUGAGGUGGUGGAUGAGGGGGCGGCUGGUGAGGAGGAAGAAGAGGAGGGCGGGAAGGGCGGCGGGGUUUUGAAGGAAGAUCGAGAAGAGGUGAAGGCGAUGGAGGAGAUAGGGGGCGGGUUUGGGGAUGAACCGUUAUGA